UGUGUAUCCAAGAGCUUCUGUGCUGCUUCUGGAACAACAAGCAUGUCAGGAAUCGGUAUAACAAACAUCCAGUGUUGUGUACUUAAAUAAAUACUUAUUCGCAUUUACAUUUACAGCGUUUAUGGAGUCUAAUACAUAUGUGCGAUGAAACCUAGGAAAAGUUAGAAGAAGAGGUUUCUUUUUUUGAGUUGUUGAUUUAGAUUUUUGUUUGUCUUGUAGUGUUAACUGUGGUAUUUUGUCAUGUACUUAUUAGUGUUUAACGUGCUUCUACUGUAUAUAUGUCAAAUUCAUUCAACUUUCUUCCCUCUAUCGUACAGCUGUAACGUUCCAUCUUAUGAGGUUUUCAACACUGUGCAUGUCUAUCUCAUAGGUCUUUUUUUAAUCUGUGGUUUUAAAAGGCUUUCCUGUUUUUCUUGUCCACAGUGGCACAGUUUAAGCAGAACAUUUGAAACAUAAGCAGACAAAAUAAAUAGUUUUCUACAAUAUUGUCUUUUCAUAAAUUAACCUGAAAAACUUCUAGAAUAUGACCGAGACAAAGCAAUUCGGUUUUAGCAGCGUAUUUAACAGGUUGAAUGAAGCGUCUGUCCAGACAGCAAUCGAGAGCAAUACUUUGGGGAUCUAUGUAAUAAAAGUUAUAAAACUGUGAAGUUUAGCUACAAAUACGCUGUACACACCAAAAAAGUUUGGUGUCUGGAUGAUCUUUUACACUUCACACACCUUUUAAUCCUAAUUCCUCUAUAUAAACAAUCAGUGACAUAUAUUAAGCAGGAUUUCAUACUGUGUUUGUGAUUAUUUUCUGUAAAACCUUUAUAUUAUAUAAUCAAGUAAUGCAACGCAAAUAUGUCAAAACUAAGAAGAAAUCAUGGGAAGACACAUAAAAUCACUAUGAAGCUACUUUAUUUGUUUGCUGAAAAUAACUUGAUUCCACUGUGAUGAAUUUACAUGAACAAAGGAAAAUUAUGUUGAAGUAACUUAUCUAAAUCAUGUAGAAACGAUGUGCAUGAUAAAAAAUCAUGUAAAUCCAACCCAAAAAUCAUGCAUAAAUGGACAACAGUGAACACUUCCAAACCCUGCAGAACACUAUUGUGUUUUAAGGUGAGGCUCUUUGGACCUCCAGCAGUGGCUUUCAAGAAAGGCAAAGCUAAACCCUUUUUUUAAAAAAUGAAACUUAAGCUGUAUUUAUAUGUGGAACAAAUCCCUCCCACCAUACACACCCCAUUGCAUAUCACCAAAAAAAAAUUAUAAAAGAAAAGGGCUUCCUCGUAGACCUACCUUACUCACAUUUUAACCUCAUUCAAACUAUUUUCACCCCUCAAAUUCUACAAAAACACCAACGAUGAAGUCUCAGGUCACACUCCUGCUCAUCUGCAUGCUUUUCUCCAAAGUGCUGUCACUGACUUGUCAACAGUGUAUUCCAAAAUCAUCUGAAAAAUGCACAGAAGAACAGGUGACCUGUGCAGAUCAGUGUCUCACUGCAACCACUUCUCUGUACAGGGGUGGUGAAAGGGUGUCAGAUGUUAAUGUGAAGACUUGCGGCACCGCGGAGACAUGUGUAACCGGGAGCAUGAACCUGGGAGCGAUGAAAAUAGUCAACAAUUCCAAAUGCUGCAAAACUGAUCUCUGCAAUGCUGAAACGGCUCUGAAGCAGGCUCCCAAUGGGAGAUCGUGUUACAGCUGUGAUGCUAACAGCUGCUCAGAAACAGUGAACUGUGAAGGAAGUGAAGAUCACUGCAUCAGUGCAUCAGUUAAAGAAGGGAGCAACACCAUGUCUAUGAAAGGAUGUGUAUCCAAGAGCCUCUGUGCUGUUUCUCAAUCAAGCAUGUCAGGAAUCGAAAUAUCAAAUAUGCAGUGUUGUGAGGGGAAUCUGUGUAACGGUGCUGAGAACUUCACACUGAGUUUCCUCCUCAUGAUCGUCCUUCAGCUCUCCUCCGUCCUCUUCUGCUGAAAUCUCCACUGAUGGAGCCUUAUAUAAUUUAAGACAAAACACCAAGAAGUAAAAGUUUCUGUUUCUUUUAUUAGCCUGCUGAUUUAGAGUUUUGUUUGUUUGUUUUAGCAUUAACUGUGGUUUUAUACUAUAUAUCAUGUCCUGUUCAAUAUUUCAAGCAAAACAUAUCAGUCAUGUGUCUCAAUGUUCUAUUUGGAGACUGUGAGAUGAUGAUGAUGAUGAUGAUGAUGAUGAUGAUGAUGAUGAUGUAAAUGUUCAUGAACAGAACCUACCACCAAAGUAUUUUUUUUUAUAUAUGCAAAGCAAUUAGGAAGUCCAGUAAUAUACUCAAUUUUACUCAGGUC